AUGGCGAAGGAAGCUCUCAAGGUGGUCGUGAGACUCUUGCCACCUGAAAUCACAGAAGAUGAGCUGAUUGCCACCGUCUCUGAAACACAUCUGAAGCGAACCACCUGGCGAAACUUCCAGGCUGGGAAGCGUUAUCGAGGCGAAGCUAAGCCAUCGGUCAAUGCUCGCUGCUACUUCCUCUUCGACCAGGAGGAGAAUGCGGAGAAAUUCAUUAAGGACUACCACGGCCAUCAGUUCGUGGACGGACAAGGUGAGAGCUUUCGGGCGGUCGCUUGCUUUGCUCCUUAUGCCAAGGUUCCCCGCCAGAAGGUGACCAAGGACGCGCGGGACGGCACCAUCUUUGAAGAUGCAACCUACAAGCAGUUCUUGGAAGGCUUGGCAGCACCGAAGAUGUUCGAGGCUCCGCCAGACCCGGUCGCGGAGUUGCAGCCUUCGAGCAAGAAGGACACUCCCCUGCUGAAUUACAUGAAGACCAGGGCGGCUGAAAGGCGAGCUCGUCAAGAAAAACGUGAGCGAGAGCGAAAGAGAUGGCAUGACCGUCUGGGCCGCAUUGAAGAAAAGCCGAGAUGGCGUUGUGCUGAGUGUGGCACAGUGAAGCAUCUGGAGGAAGAUCCAGACGCCAGAGGCACAUUUUACUGCACGUAUUGCUGGGAGAUCUGGGAAGCCCAGGAGUACAAGCAGAAAAAGAAGAAGAAGAAGUCCAAGAAGGCCGAGCUGGCCGAGGAGUAUGCAGAAGAAGAGGAGGAAGAGGACUGGUGCGAGGAGACGAGCAGCAAGAAGAAGAAGAAAAAGAAAAAGAAGGCAGAUUAUGAAGAAGAAUGGCAGGAAAAUGACAGUAACUGGUACUCGGAGCAUGGCGAUGACUGGGGCUGGUAUGAUGCAGAAGCUUCCGAGGAGCCCAAGAAAAAGAAGAAGAAAAAGAAAGCCAAGGAUGCUGAAGAGGAGUAUGGUGCCUGCCACUGGCACGAAGAGGACUACUGGGGUGAGCAAGAGGGAAGCAGAUCAAAAUCCAAAAGGUGUGGUAAAAGCUGGGGUGGACUGAGAUGA